AUGACAAUAAAAUUGAUAUUCAGUCCACCGGAGGUAAUAACAAGAGAACAAGCGGCACAAACGUAUCAAGAUAUAUCACCUGAGGGACUAUACCCAAUCAUUCACUACAUUCAAAAUAAUGUUCGUAUUUUGAUCACACCUCCAGUUGCUGCUGUUUUUUUGGGUAAAGGAACUUUAUGGGUUACUGAAAGCAAAGUGUUUUUUUAUUCCUCGGAAUCAAAUAAUGGAUUAGCAAUUGAUUAUCCGACAAUAAUAUUACACGCUAUAACGCGACAAGAAGCGGAAGGACGAUGUGUUUAUCUUCAAUUAGAUGAAAAUUUUAAUAACGUUGCUACAAGACAAGAAAUACAAGGAUCACUUCAAAAUUCUGAAGAAGAAGAAGAUAAAAUUACAGAAAUCAAACUCUUUCCUGAUGAUGGCGGUGUUCAUGAUAGAUCAGUGACAACUGAACAACAACAAGAAUUGUCUUCAUCAAAUCAUAAUGAAGAAAUGUUUGAGGAUGCUGAAGAGUAA